GGCCCGACCGCGCCGCGUGCCGGGGGCGGACGUCCGAGCCGCGGCGGGGCCCGAGCGGCGGGUCCGACAGCACUCGGGCGCCUUCGGACCAGAGGAGGCGGAGGCCGGGGCUCGGAAGGGCUCGGGCUCGGGGGCGCUCGGCCGAGCUCGGCUCCGCCUCGGGCCGACCCGGCUCCCGCCGGCGACGAGGCCGUCUGCGCGGGCUCAACUGCGUCGGAGGCUGGCGAGAGUCUUCCCGGAGCCGGUCGGCCCUGUCGGCCGGACACCGCAGCCGCCUCGGCCUCCGCGACGGGGCGCGGGGCUGCGGCCGAGCCGCUCGGAGGCGCUCCUGCGGCCUCGGGCCCGUUCGGGCUGACUCGGCUUCUGGCUUCGGGCACCUUCGGGCCUCCUCGCCUCCAGACUCUCGGCCCGGCUCGGCCGGCCUCUUCGGGCCCCGCUUCGGGCCCGGAGCCCGGCGCCUCGGGCGGGCUCGGCGGAGUCCGGAUGGAGGACUCGGACUCGGCGGCCAAGCAGCUGGGCCUGGCCGAGGCGGCGGCGGUGGCGGCCGCGGCCGCUGUGGCGGCGGCGGCCGCGGCCGCGGCGGGAGGCGAGGCGGAGGAGCCGGUGCUGGGCCGGGACGAGGACUCGGAGGAGGACGCGGACUCGGAGGCGGAGCGCGAGACGCGGCGGGUCACGGCCGUGGCGGUGAUGGCGGCCGAGCCCGGGCACAUGGACAUGGGAGCCGACGCCCUGCCCAGCCCUGAAGAGGCCGCCGCCGCCGCCGCCUUCGCAGAGGUGACCACGGUAACGGUGGCCAAUGUGGGGUCCUCUGCGGACAAUGUCUUCACGACGUCAGUGGCGAACGCGGCGUCUAUCUCAGGACACGUUCUGUCUGGCAGGACAGCCCUUCAGAUUGGGGACAGCCUGAACACCGAAAAAGCCACGCUGAUUGUUGUCCACACAGACGGGAGCAUCGUGGAGACCACUGGCCUGAAGGGCCCAGCAGCCCCCCUCACCCCAGGUCCUCAGUCUCCUCCAACUCCUCCUGCUUCUGGCCAAGACAAAAGUGGAACCAAGUAUAACUGGGACCCGUCUGUGUACGACAGUGAGCUGCCCGUGCGGUGCCGGAACAUCAGUGGCACCCUGUACAAGAGCAGGCUUGGCUCAGGAGGCCGGGGGCGGUGCAUCAAGCAGGGGGAGAACUGGUACAGCCCGACCGAGUUCGAAGCCAUGGCUGGCAGAGCCAGCAGCAAAGACUGGAAGAGGAGCAUCCGCUACGCAGGCAGGCCCCUUCAGUGCCUCAUCCAGGAUGGGAUUUUAAACCCGCAUGCUGCCUCUUGCACCUGUGCCGCCUGUUGUGAUGACAUGACUUUGAGUGGUCCAGUCAGGCUCUUCGUGCCUUACAAAAGGCGCAAGAAGGAGAACGAAGUGCCCACAGCCCCCGUGAAGAAGGACCCCUCGAAGAACAUCACGCUGCUUCCAGCGACAGCUGCUGCCACCUUCACCGUGACCCCCUCGGGACAGAUCACUACCUCUGGGGCACUGACCUUUGACCGUGCGUCCACUGUGGAGGCCACCGCUGUCAUAUCGGAGAGCCCGGCCCAGGGUGACGUCUUUGCGGGAGCCACGGUGCAGGAGGCUGGUGUGCAGCCUCCCUGCAGGGUCGGCCACCCCGAGCCUCACUACCCCAGCUACCAGGACGGCUGCCAGAUUGCACCAUUUCCAGAAGCUGCGCUGCCAACAUCACACCCCAAAAUAGUGCUGACCUCCCUGCCUGCCCUGGCCGUCCCACCCUCCACACCCACCAAAGCUGUGUCCCCCACGGUGGUCAACGGGCUGGACAUGUCAGAACAGCGGAACUGGUUGUACCUGGAAGAGAUGGUCAAUUCUCUGCUCAAUACGGCGCAGCAACUGAAGACAGUGUUUGAACAAGUCAAACAGGCCAGCUCCUACCGAGAAGCUGCCAUGACCCAGGCCAAACUUCAGGCUGACGCUGAGCGGAAAGAGCAGUCCUGCAUCAACUGCGGCCGGGAGGCCAUGAGCGAGUGCACAGGCUGCCACAAGGUCAACUACUGCUCCACGUUCUGCCAGCGCAAGGAUUGGAAAGACCACCAGCACAUGUGUGGCCAGUCAGCAGCUGUCACCGUCCAGGCGGACGAAGUGCACGUUGCUGACAGCGUGAUAGAGAAAGUCACUGUGUGAGGGGCCGCGCCGGCCACAGUGGGAGCCAGGCCUCUGCACUGCCCUGAGGCUGUUGCAGGUCGAAGACCCCCUUGGACACUUUGUGGGGGGACAUGGAGGAGAAGUGGCAUUGCGGGAAGGUGGAGAGACUUGCCGGCUACAUUACUAACAAACUCCUGAACUGUGCCCUUGGACAUGGACUCCUCCCCCCUGGAAACCCAGAGCAAGGCUAGUGGCCUCGUAAGGACGGGCCGCCCUGCAGCGGCCAGGGAGAUGCCGGCCAGAGAGACGCCAGCCGGGGCCGCCCGCCCUCUCGGUGCUCUUUUCUAUCCCUUGGAUCAUGAGCAUCCAGUCUUGCCCACAGGUGCGCCCUGUGCAGUGACACAUGUACAUACGUGUUAUGUCUGACGCCUGUACAUACAUGUCGUGUCUGUCAGUAAAGUUGUAAAUAGUCUCUCUGUCCGCACCUGGAUGGCAAUUCCAGCUUC